UUGUUCUCUUCCUUCAAAAAUGCCUUUCAGAUGCAAAUGCGGACAAACCUUUGAGAAGACGGAUACAUUUGCCAGCCAUACCUCUGCUUGUGCUCGCUUCCAUCGUCGAGACAGUGACACUUCUUCUCUUUCCUCAUCACCACCUCAAAUGAUCUCGUUCUCGGCAUCGCCGCCCAAUCGAUUCACAAACUACAUGCAAGCUCAUCACCAGCAGCCGCCGCAGCAACAAAAUUCAACUGUGCAGCAGCAACAAGGCUCUGAUUUAUUUCCCCGCUAUGUUCCCGGAUUUUUACCCACCGCUCUUUCUAUCCAUAGUACAUUUGAAGGCGUACGUCGUCGAUCGAUGUCUGCUGGCAGCACGGAGGAGUAGCAGGCGCUACCCUCACUUCCUAUAAAUAUAUAAAUACUACAUACCGAAAAUCAAUUUCACCCACGCUCUGUAACGUAUCAGCCUGGGUAUGUUCGCCAAUGCACCCAGUAACAGUGGAACCCCCCAAUGGACCAAAAUCUAUCUGGCUUCAAGUACCUCUGGCUACGGCUAGUAUAUACUCAUUUCUUUUUCUUUUAUGGUAGCUUUUUUAUUUUAUUUUCUCGUUAUCUGUACAGUGCAAGCUUGAAUAUGUCAAAUUCUUGUUUCUUAUACAUACGUUGUCUUUUGUUAUCUUGCUACUUCCAAAAAAAAGGUCUUUUUUGCCAAAUACCCACAAUAAAAAAGUAUCUGCUAUAUCUGAAUUUUUUUUUUGACAUUUUUUGCUACUGAAUUGUGUACACCAGCCUUUCCUUCU